CUGGGAGCUCACGUGUUAAGCGUUGCCGUGCCAGCAGGGACGCGAGUAAAGACGCCGAAAUGGCCCAACUCGGUGGAGUAAUAAAACCCAAAACAAAGCGCUCCAAGCGCUUCCUGGAAAGCAGAGCGCCGAAGCUGUCAGAAGAUGUGAAGAAGGCUAUGAUCAUGAAAGGAGGCAACACCACACAAACUGUCACCCAGGCCCUGAAGGACAUCUAUUCACUGAAGAAGCCCAAUGCUGUGCUGUACAAGAAGAAGAACGUGACCCGGCCUUUUGAAGAUUCUACGUCACUGGAAUUUUUCUCUAAGAAGACUGACUGCUCCCUGUUUCUGUUUGGCUCACACAACAAGAAGCGGCCAAAUAACCUCAUAUUUGGUCGUCUGUUUGACUUCCAUGUGCUUGACAUGAUUGAAGUCGGCAUCGAGAAGUACGUCUCCCUGUGUGACAUUAAGGCCAGCAAAUGUCCGGAGGGAACCAAACCGAUGCUUGUGUUUGCUGGGGAAGCUUUUGACACGGACAACGAGCACAAGCGCCUAAAGAGUCUCCUCAUCGACUUUUUCAGAGGUCCUACAGUUCCUGCGGUGCGUCUGGCCGGCCUGGAACAUGUUCUGCACUUCACCGCUCUGGAAGGGAAGAUCUACAUGCGCAGCUACAGGUGUCUGUUGAAGAAGUCCGGGUGCCGGACACCCCGGAUAGAGCUGGAGGAGAUAGGACCGUCCUUUGACUUUGUCUUGAGGAGGACACAUCUGGCUUCAGAGGACUUGUAUAAGACAGCUCACAGACAGCCCAAGGCUCUUAAGCCAAAGAAGAAGAAGAACAUAUCCCACGAUGCCUUUGGCACCAAGUUCGGCCGGCUGCACAUGCAGAAGCAGGAUUUGUCCAAGCUGCAAACAAGGAAGAUGAAGGGCCUGAAGAAGAGGGGAGGGCAAGUUGUCACUGGAGAGGAGGGUCGGUCAGCCAAAGUCGCCAAAAUGGACAGCUGAAGUCCGACUGGGACGACUGGACUGCGCUCGCCGUCUGUGAAAGGCGAUUAGCGUUCGUCACCUCGUUAUUUACUAGUCGCCUCCUUUUGUAAGACACGGCACGAGUUCGCCAUCAAGGACUUGACAUGUGAAUUGCCCUUAUGCAAGCUGCAUGUAUAUCCUGUCUUCUAAAUCCUUUUCUGUCCCAAGUGUUUUUGUUUUUUCCCCAUGUGACACACAGAUGGUUUUAUUCCUUUAGAACUGGCGAGUUAUUUUUAUUUUCCAAAUUACAACCACGCACGUAAUCGGUAAGCUGUGUCUGUUACGGAGUAAAUAAACGGCGGUCACAGAGGAAAUCACGGAGGAUUUAAAAAGUUGUGUCAGUACACGGUAAAUUAAAAGGAACUCUCAAACUUCGAAAACAAGUUUUCUACUCCGGCGACAACAUUUUAUGACCUUAAUCGUGUUUUGCUUAACUUCAAAGGCUAGAAAAAAAACGUUACAUCACCAGAUAAAGUUGAUUCACCACUAAAAUUCACCACGUUCAGUCCCCCGUGCCUUUCACACCAAGACCGUGGGCUGUUUUUCAAAUGGCUAUUAAGACUUCUAAAGGCUUCAAAAGACUCUUAACUCGUCAAAUUAGGAUUUGUAUACGCUUUUUGUAAGGUUAAUUAUUCAAAUAAAGUGUUGUUGACACUUGUUUCUUUUA